AUGCUCAAUCACAAGCGCAUGAUCGUCCCUGCAGAGCAUCCAUUUCUUAUUCCUCGGGAUUUGAUUUCUCCGCGCGCCACGAGGACAGUCGCGGAAGACGACCAGCGCCCUACUGAUGCCAGUGACGUUGGCAACUGUGUGGUCGCUGCUGAAGGUGCUGCGCCUCACCCGGUGCACUGCUACGGUGACCGCCCAGUGCUGUUGCUGGACUGCACUGGUGCACUCCGGCAGCGCCGCCUGCGCCGUCAGCGUCGGCUAGAGCUGCAAUCGCGCGCCUCGAAGCUAGUCGCAGCACGCGCGGACCUCCUCAGGACCAAGAACCUGUGGUCCAUGCGAUGCAUCCGGGCGCGGCGGCGGAACAAGGAGCAGUGGCUCCCAGAACCCGCGGUGUGCAACGCCGGAGAUCACGCUGACAGGGGCGGCGGAGACUCCACUGUGUCUGCCCCUUCCGACGCAGCACGUGGGGGUGUCCCCGCGAAGCACCUUAUGUCAGCGCUGUCGGGCCAGCGCAAAGCCAUCACGCGCGAAGUGAAGGAGGUGCGCCGCGAACUGCUGACGCUCCUACAAGAAAAGCGCACGCAGGCAGCCACGCGCGAUGGCUGCGUGCUGAUGCUGCCUUCGCCGGAGACGGGAGAAGUGCGACUGCUCCCGGGACAUCACUACCGCACUGUGUGCUUUGUAGGCGACGAGCUGCGUGACGUACUCCCGAGCGACGCGCGCGACACCGACACAGCGACGGUGCAGCGUCGGCAACGUCGCGCUCCGCCGCUACGGGAGCCGGCGUCGGAGGGGACAACGUGUGCGCUCUCUGAUGAGGGCGGCGCGGAAGGCGAGCACACGUUGGCCAAAGAGACCAAGCGACCUCUCUGGGCCAUGGCAGAGCUCUUGGGCUACGUGCUUUACCUUCGCCAGUGCCACAGGAACCCCGAUUAUCACUCCCGCCGCGGCGCUACACUCGGCAGCGACAGCAUCGACUAUCAGGAAGUGCGGGAGGGGCGUGUUGACUACGACAAGAUCGCGGCGACCAUUAGCUACGACAUGGUAGACGACUACCUCGCCCUUCCAACGUGUGAGAUAGCGAUGUAUCGGGAGUGGGCCAUCGACAAGUUCAAGCUGCUGCCACUGUAG